CCGCGGAGCUAUGUCGCGUAGAAUACUCCGUCAGUUCAACGGCAUUAGACGGUUGUCGAGUUCAACUAACAUUAUAAAAUCUCCCCUAAGGAAUAUAACUGUACCCAACAGUAGGUUUCUGGACCACCUGUGGAGGAAAGGAGCGGGAUUUCGCGACCAUAUUGCUAUUGAAUGCGCCGAAACGAAGAAGAAUUACACGUACAAGCAGUUGCAAAAAUGCUCAGCCAUAUUCGCGACGUCACUACGGAAGAAACUGGGACUGAAAGAGAACGACGUGGUGGCUGUUCUGCUGCCGAAUGGUCCAGAGUUCCCGGUGGUCAUGUGUGGGACCUUACAGGCUGGGUGUAUACUCACUUCGAUAAACCCGCUGUACAAGGAGUUUGAAAUAUGCCAUCAAGCGUCUAACACGGAACCAAAAGUAGUUGUAACUAUACCUGAAUGCUAUGAAACAUUAAGAAAAGGAUUGGAAGCAGCAAAGAGUAACGCCAAAGUGGUUUUAGUCACAAACAAAGAAAUACCAGAAGAUACUAUAAGAUAUACUGAAAUAGCCGAGACGGGGGAAGCAGAUUUCGCUUUACUAGAUAAAGUAGAGAAGAAGAAUGAUGAUAUAGCUCUAAUACCGUUUUCGAGUGGCACUACUGGUUUGCCUAAGGGAGUGUCAAUUACUCAUGGUAAUCUUCUAGCAGCACUCGAAAUAAUGGACGUAGAUGAAACAAGAUAUCCAAUGUUAACUAAUGGAAGUUUUCAGGAUGUGAUACCAUGUAUACUACCGUUCUACCACAUUUAUGGCAUGGUUAUCACCAUGUUUGGCCACUUUGUGAGUGGCUGCAAGCUGGUCACCCUGCCGAAAUUUACUACAGGACUGUAUUUGGACGUGUUAAAGAAUUACCAACCAGCCAUUCUUUAUAUUGUUCCACCUAUAGCAAUAUUCCUGGGCAAACAUCCUGAUGUGAAGACAGAACAUUUCGCUAAAGUGCGACACGUUGUAUGCGGUGCGGCGCCUCUUGCUGCCAGCGACGCUGUAGCUGUACUAGAAAAAGGGAAUGCAAACAUGGAGAUCAAUCAAGGAUACGGUGCAACAGAAACAACUUCUCUAUUUACAUCGACUAUAAAAAACACAAGGCACAUUGACUACGCGGCAUGCGGCGUUCUUAUGUCAAAUAUGGAACUAAAGAUCGUCGAUCCCAUCAGUGGCAAGGACUUGCCAGCUGAUCAGACUGGUGAAAUAUGCAUCCGUAGUCCGACAGUUAUGAAAAGUUACUACAAGAAUGAGCAGGCAACAAAAGAGUGUAUGACAGAAGAUGGAUUCUUCAGAACUGGUGACUUGGGAAACUACAAUCCUAACAGCGGACUGUUUGUGUCUGAUAGAAUAAAGGAGCUUAUAAAGGUUAAAGGCUUGCAAGUGGCACCAGCUGAACUAGAAGGAGUGUUACGGACACACCCUGCAGUACAAGAGGCGGCCGUCAUAGGUGUCCCUCACACAUUCUACGGAGAAACGCCAGUAGCAUACGUUAUAAAGAAGAGCGGUCUAGACACGACCCCUGUGGAACUCCAAAGUUUUGUAGCGGAAAAAGUGGCGCCGUACAAGAAACUUGAGGAAGUUGUGUUUGUGAAUGACAUCCCGAAGACUCCUUCAGGGAAGAUAUUGAGAAGGGAGUUGAAGAAGAAAUAUGCGUGAAUCUGUGAUAUUAUGUUGUGAUAGAAAAUAAAAUAUAAUGAUCCCUUUUAAGCCUUUACCAAGACCAUUCGCGCUAGGUGUCUGUGUUAAAAUAAACACUAUUAAAAAGCCUAGUGAUGGGCACUAGGCUUUAUAAUUUUCAGUUAAAAAAUUAAGCCUAAUUUACCUGUGCAAUGUGUAAUUCUCACCUUUUUUAAGUUUAGAGUCAAGUUUGUGAUUUUU